GUGCACUUGUUGAGUUUAUUUGUGUUUGUGAAGAAGCUCGUAUAAUAAAAUGUUUCACCUUUAUUGUUUUUCUUAUAUUAAAAAAUAUAUAACUAAUGUUUUGUUGUGAGAUUUUACAAGUUUCUAGACGAAAAUGGAAACGUUUAUGCCAUCGGAAAUUGCUAGACUAGUCAUCGGUUAUUUGGAGGAACAAAAAUGUGAUGAGGCAGCGAAAAUAUUCCUGGAAGCGUCUCCACUUUUGCAAGAAUGUCGAAUGGUUCAAGCAAGUGGGAAAACAUUUCGAAGACUAGUCAGAGAAAUGACUUUAAUCGACGUUUUCGACAAAUAUUGUUCCAUAAUUUCCUUCAUUCAAGAGAGGCUAAGCAAAAUUGCUGAUUCUGAUCAAGUGAAGCAUUGUGGAGAUUUUCUUGAACAACUCAGAUUUUUAAUUGAUGGUUCACGAAGUCAACGUUUUGUUGUCAAUAUCAAUGUACCAUCUCAGAAUUCAGCGACAAAUUCAGGAGGAUCGCCAAUUAUUUCCAGUAGUAUUAGAAAAAGACAGCGGAGUGGAAGUGAUCGUGAUCGCUGUAAGCGUUUUGCGAAAUUACAGCAAACACCCGAGAAGCAGUAUCAUUCUGAUAACAUUCAUUGUGAUAAAAUUGAAGCAACACCUGCUGAAAGUCUACCGGGUUAUAUUGAUUCAACAAAAUCGGUUCCUGGCGAAGGAUCAUCUGCUAAACAUAUAAUUAAGGAACCUCAUAUUAUUCACGAUGAAUUCAAUGACUACGAUUCUAGAUUUUGUAUGCCUGGAACAUCAGAACAAGCCGAGAGUGUGCAGGACUCACACAAAAAUGAAGGAAAAAAUACUGGAGAUUUAAAUAAGUGUGUACCGUUUUCGACAACUCCGUUAAAAUGUUCAAUGUCCACUGACACACAGGAUUUAAUUAAAAAUUAUCAAACUACAGGAACACAACCAUUGCCUUGGGUGGAAAUUCUUGACUAUGAGGAUUUAAUGAAGAACGAGACUCUCGAGAACUUAAGCUUGCUGAAUCAAGGUUUAUUACACUGUAAAGAAAUUCAGGAACAAAUAGCAGAAAAUAUUAAUAAAAGUGGUGUACUACCGAUUGACACAAUCUACAAAGACGAAAGCCUCGUCGUGAAUCCCUGCAUUUUGAAUAAUUCCGGAAUUUUCAAGUCAAUUGUCGAGGAAACAAUGGUUACUCCAUCAUUUCGACAAUUUGUCGGCUCAGUUUUAAAAAUUACCGACUCAAAUUCAAAUACGAACGUUGAAGCCAAGGGUAAAUCGGAAUUCAACCAAAAUGAGCAACAAAGAGAAUCGAAUCAAAACAAUCUAACUGAUAUAUUAACAAUACCAGAACGAAAUGAAAAUAAAAUCAUCGAAACCACAGAGAAUCAGAUUGAAGUACGCAAUUUUUCUUCAAUUCAACGUUCUAAAUUUUCGAGUGAAGUUAAAGAAGCCAUUGAGGGAAUUAAUAUCAGUGAUCUCAAUGAUCAGAAUAAUGCCGCUAUUCAAAGUAUCAUAAAUGCAAAUUCAGCAAAUACUGAAUUAAAAGAUGAGAAAUCGACUUCAGAACAAGUGAACAAUGAAUUUAUGCCGAAGAACAAUGUUGCCGACGAUAAAAAUAUCAACUCCGAAGAAAAUAUUCCCGUCGAUCUUGACACAAGUAUCGAAAUUGUCGAACCCGUUCCUGUCGUUUCCAAUAAACCGAAAAUCAUUUCUAUGAAAGUUCUCUCCAAGGAGAAUAAAUUUUCAAAGAGGAAGGAAAAGAAACCGGUGAAAGUUGUUCCGGCUCCGAAACCGGAAAUUUAUUCUGAUACAAUGAUAACUCCCACGUUAGUUGUUUGCUCAAAGGAUGAACCUGGCAGUUUUCUGGGAGUUCCUCCAUCAUAUACAAAUCUAAUGAAUCCCCAGUAUCUGAAGAUUGCUCCAAAAACUAUUCAAGUCAAGCAAGAACCUGUUUAUUUCAAACACGUGAAUGUACCAAAAAAAUUGCCUAAAUCUUCAAAGAAGAAUAAAAUACAGGAACAAAAUCCACUUCCAAUGGCGAUCGCUCCAGUGACGAUUUCAGUACCAACAGUCGAAUUACCAACACAAUUACCGGUAAUAACUAUCAGUGAUGAAAAAAUUGUUGAAACAGAAUUCGUACCCAAAUCACUUCCAAGUAUCGAUACAAUUGAGGAAGAUUUCGAACCAGUGAAAAGUGUUCCUGAAAAUGUCAAAUCAGAUGUGGAGGUAGUGAAAAUCGAUAUUCCGAAAAUAGUCACUGCCAAGGAGACAAAUUUAAAUAGUAUUGAACCCGUUUGCAAUUUGGAGAAGAUUACACUUUAUGGUAAUGAAACUAGUGCCGCGGAAUUUUUAGGUGGCAACGAAAUUGAAACUUUAAAUGUCGACGCUUCGAUGACAUUCUCCCUCUCUGGAUUGUCGCCAUUUUUAAAAAUGAAUCGCGUUGAUGAGAAGAAUAAUGUUGAAGUAAUAAAGAAUAUUGAAGAAACGAAGGAACCACAAGAGACGGUGAAUUUAAGCGAAAAAAUUCCAGUUCCCAUGUCAAGUGUAAUCGAAAAGAAAAAUGAUUUAAUAACCAAACGAACACCAAAAUCAAUUAUCAAGAGUCGUUCGAAAAAUCAUCGUCUCAGUUUAUCGACACCACGUCGACGUCACAGUCACGUAAGAGCCCUGGAUUUCGGCACACCACCAAAGUCUUCAAAUUCAGCCAGUAAAUCAACAAGUAAAAUUUCUCCCUCCUCAGCCAGAAAUCGUUCAAAAUCACACUGUCGAACUUCUCUAUUCAAAUCACCGCCGUUCGUCACUUCAUCGUCUAAAAAUAAUACAAAAAGUCCACCGAAGGAAGAAAGUGCCUAUAAAAUUCCCAUAGCCACGCGUAGUCCAGCUCCAAAAUUAAUGGGCGGUUGGGAAAAAUUCACCGGAAUGGAUAUGAUUUUAGGUAAAGUUUCGCCUAACGAAAAUUCCAAUUUCCCACCAAUCGAAAAGACUGAGAAAAAAUCGUCAAAAGUCCUAAAGAGCUGGGACAGUGAAUUACGAUUAAUGGCCAAUCCGGAGACGACAGUCGCAACAAGUGUCAAGGAGAGUAACGCCAAAAGUUCCAAACGCAAAAGUAAAAUUCGAAAGGAGACCGACAGUGCAAAGAAGAAACAUGUCUCGAAAAAAUUGACAAAUUCGACCAAAAAAUCAAAAAAACGAAAUUCUUCUCACAGUGAAAAUAAGGACGUUUCCGGUGAUAUAUCCAGUGAAGUUUCGGCAAAUAUUUCGAGUCAUAAUCUUUCGGAAAAAGAUGAAAAUCAAGAUCAAAAUCUUUCACUCAAGGAUUCAUUGAAUGACAAGAGUAAGACAUCGGAAAAGAACGAAUCUUUGGAUAAUUCAAAAACUUUCUUCCCAAGCGAUAAAGAUUUAUCCUUUACACUAGACGAAUCCGAAAUUCAAGCAAACUCAAAAAUUCUCUCCACUCCCGAAUUAAUCGAAACUCUCUCCUCAACGACAAGUCGAACGAAAACAAUAGAGAAAAAAUCGGGCGAUAUUGUCAAGAAAUACGCCAAAGUUGUGACAAUUCCAAGAAGCGAACAACAACAAAAUGUUGAAUUCAUGAAAACAUCGCCAAAUUAUUCGGCUAAAAUAAUGCAACUCGAGACACCGAGAAAAUUCGAAAAUUCCAAAGAUAUUCCACCGACGCCAAGGUUUUUGAGUCCAAACAGUAGUUCAAUAACGCCAUUCACAAAAGUAUCGCGCAAUGAAGAUUCAAGUAAAAUUCCCGAUUUGUUUCCAACACCCGAUUUCGCACCAACGCCGGGCAAUAAAUUAACGCCUAAUCUCGCUGGUGAUAACACGAAGGACGCGUUAAAAAAAGGUGAAUUUAGCUCCUGUUCCCCGUAUUAUCAGCCGAGUUCCGAAACUAGUGACGCUCCGACCGAAUUAACGAAGAGUGCUAAUAAAAGUAUCACGAAAGUCGAGGAAUUCCAGGUUGUCAAGGUAAAUUUAGGACGUGAGGAGGCGGCGAAGGAGGAAUUGGUAAUUUCCUCGAGUGUCAUUGAAACGGUGGAAAUUAGCGAAAAUGUAGUGAACGAACAGUCGGACAAGAGUUCGAACGAGAGCGACAAUGAAUCGGACAGCGAUAGUGACACAUCGUCGAGUUAUUCCUCCAGGUCCUCUUCUUCAUCGUCAAGUAACUCGAAUGAGAGUUCGGAUUCAUCCGGCAGUGAAGAUCAAUCACCGGUCAAGAAAGUUGCUUCCGAUUCCAGUGAUGAUUCGUCGUUACAACUCACCUGCGAGCCGGAGAUUGUGAAUGAGGAAAAAACCGCUGUUGUCGAUGUUCAAGUUUUGACAACAAAUUCGGAAAGUCUGGCGAAAAUCGGUGAUGAAAUUAAGAAUAUUGAAAGUUCGAUUCAAACUUCUGUUCAAACUUUAGUUCAAACUUCGGUACAAACUUCGAUUCCAGCUUCUGUUCAAACUUCGAUUCCAGCUUCUGUUCAAACUUCGGUUCCAGCUUCUGUUCAAACUUCGGUUCCAGCUUCUGUUCAAACUUCGGUUCCAGAUUUUGUUCAAACUUCAGCUCCAACUUCUGUUCGAACUUCGAUUCAAACCUUAGUUGAAAAGAAAGUGGAGAGAAAAAUAGAAAUCGAAAAACCAGUUGCAAAAGAAGCGUCACCGUUGAAAAUGUUUUCGGUCGUCGAUCAAAAUGACGAUCAGGAAACACCGGCUAAAAAUGAUUUACUCAUCGAGGCGACAAUUUCCGAAACUCCAAGUAGUUCGAAAGCGGGCACUGACAUAACGACUAAUUUAACGAGCAAAAUUUCGGAGAUUAUCACCUCGGAGGAAAAUCUACUGAAAACAGCAGUGGCAUCGAUUUAUUCCUCGGAUAAAAAACAAGUGGCGAGUAUAUUGAGCAACGCCGACAAGAAAUUACCGUCAACUUUACAGCCAAUCGACUACGAUCAAUUAAAAAUGCAGCUCGAUUCAAAACGCGAGCGCCUCAAGAAAGGUUUCGUAGAAGCAAGUUCACGAACUAGAACAAGAGCCGCUGUCAAUCAGGACAAGCGGAGAAAUUCCACUCGAGUACGAAACGUACAAUCAAGAAAAAUUACAUCGAGAAAAAUUACCAAUCCCCAAACGAUGGCAAUUCCAAUUCAAAAUCCAAUUCAACGAGAUUCAACGAGAACAUUGUCGAAUCAAUCAAAUCAGAAUCCAAAGAAUGAAAUUCCGUCGAUUCGAGAAAUUCCCAUCAUUGACAACACCAACAAACCAAUGAUUACAAGCAACGAAAAGAAACAAGAAACGGAGAGUUUGCCAAUUUCGAAGAAGACAAAAACGCCAAAGAAGGGACGAACGCCCAAAAAAGGGAAAACGCCGAAAAAGGGAAAGACACCGAAACGGACAAAAAAAGCGGAGAGUUCGCAGGAACAGGAAACGAAAGAGAACGCGAAUGAUCGGAUUUUGAAAGCAGAGGAGAAUAAACUGGAAACUAAGGAAAAGAAGCAAUUGAUUGAAAAAGAAGAAGCGCGCGAGGAAAAGAAUUCAGACACAAAACUAAAGGAAAUUAUAGUAGCCCUCGAAGAUGAGAAACUCACUCUAAAAGCAAAAGUCGACUUAGUGAAACGUGAUUUAUUUAGUGACGAUGAACAAAUUGAUCAACGAAGAACAAGAUCGAAAUCACGGCAAACCUCCGAGAAUCAUAAAACUGAUACUAGUGAUCAAAAUUCAGAGCAAACAGCAGAUGAGAAAUCAAAGGAAAAUUUACCCUGCGUUCUGGAGAGUUUGGAAUUAGUGCCGAAAAAUAAAAACGACAGUGUUGAACAAAGCUUCCUGAAUGUCACCGAAGUGAGACAUGGGGAAUAUCAUUUUAUUUAUGACGAGACAACGGCUGUUAAAGUGAAAAGAAAACGUAAAUACAGUUUCACCGAUAUGGAAAUUGAUUUAGAUAAUGGUGAGACGCGUCGAAUUAUUCUUGCGGUCACGCCAAUGGAGGAGAUAUAUAAUGUUUCGCCAAAACCGAAAAAACGUGCCGCCAAGAGGAGUCCGACUAAAAAUAAUAAAAAAUUGACAAAUGUCAUUGAGAAUUAUGAUAAACCAUUGGCUUCAUCGUCGCCGAUUUUAAAAAAUGUGCAAUCGACGGGUUUCAAUAAGAAUAUUAAUGCGAAGAACGAGGAAAUAGUGAGAAAUGAUAAUAUUAUCGCUGGAAAAACAGUUGAGAAAGAGAAACCAAAAGGAAAGUCACGUAAGAGGAAAAUGUCAGUGGCAGAAGAACCAGAACAUACAAAAGCAAAAGUAAGCGCACCUGAAAAUUUAGCACUACUUCGAGACAUGGAAGUGGAAAAACUUCUCUCCUACAUUCACGGAGAGGCAUAAAAAUUAAUAUUCAACAAAGUUUUUUUUCCCCAUAUUUCGGAAUAUUUUUUCCCUGGAUUAGACGGAAAAAAAGGAAGUGCAAAAAAAGACAAAAGUAAAUUUUUCUCCUUGAAUAGAAAUGGAAAAUAAUGGAUGUUAAAAAGAGAAAAAAAAAGUGUAAAACAGAAGACAAAAGUAGCAACGUAUUGAAUGUGUUGCAUUUAUUACAAAGACUUCAAUUUAUAGAUUAUAAUAGAGUUAAAAAAAUGUCACAAAACUUGUUUUGUAUGUACAAAAAAUAUUGAUUUCUCCAAAAAAAAGAAUUAUUUAGUAUUUUAGAAACAUUUAGUUUUAUAUAACUGUAAAUAUUAUACUUGUGCUUUCGAAUGUGACAUUAAAAAAAGAUUCUUUUUUUUAAAAAAAAAUCUUUCUUUUUGUAAUUAGAUUUAAAUUUAGAUAUCAUAAUAUAAAAAAACAUGUAAGUGCGAUUUUAAGCGUGUUAAAGUUGUCAAUUUUUUAAGCUUCUAUGUAUGGUAAAAAAUGACACGACAAUUAUGUUUAUAAAGAAAUUUGACUUUUUUCAGUAUUAAAUUUAAUGAUUUUUGUUUAA